GCGUCUCUCGCAUUUGAAGAAAUGUUCCUCUUCGCGUCAUGUAGGCGAUCUCACUCACAGGUCACGUUUGUUUCUUCCCGACUGUGUUGUUGGUUCAGGUUCGUCGUGUUGUCAGGAGAAGCGCUUGUCGAAGAAGCCCUUAACCAGGAGGCGGGCGGAGGAUGAGUUCUUCGAAAAGAACGAGGCAUGAACCAAUUGGCAUGAAUACCCUCACUGCCCCAGGCGGCCCGCAAACAAACCGGCUGUUGAUGUGUUUGUGUUUGUGUUCAGAUUCGCCUCGUGAAGGGCCAGCAGUCAACCCCGGCACCGCCAUUAGGUGAGGAGGGCGUGUGGUGACAACAAGAGAAAGGGCCAGCCAGGUGAUCUCCUUUGAUUGAUCCAUGUUUCCGUCCCACGUACUACAGAGUCGUCAUCCACCGUGCCCGGCUCCCCUCCCGCCCCUCCCACACCCGCAUCCCCCUCUGCCAGUGCUGCUCGCCAGCCCCGCCCUCUCCAGGCUGACCAGACGGCCCCAUCGCCUGCGCCGUCGUCCGCUGGUGGCGGUGGUGGUGGCGGUGGUGCACUUGUGAAAUCUGCCCGUGUUUGCCCCUCUGAUGUGGCUGAUGUGGGUGACGUGGAUGACCACUGCGGCAUCUGCAGUAUUGGGAGGGGUGGGGAUGAGAGUGACAAGAUGUCGCCAAGGCUGCACUCGCCGGUCAUCUUCUCAAAUCCCUUCUUCAGCGCAAAGCCAAGUGAGCGACAAACAGGGGCCUGGUGGGAUGAGGGGGGUCAUAUGGGUCAUAUGGGAUACAUUGUCAGCUUUGACGGUGCCGAGCGACUUUGUGGUGGAGAGAAACGAGGCUCUGACGAAUGGGUGGGCCACUCACUUACUGAGCGAGGGACGAUUGCGCGAAGAUGUCUGUGUCUUAUCCCUUGUGUCUCCCUCCCUUCGUUGCGGCAGCUCGUUGGAUGAAGAGGGGAGGCGGCGUGAGAUGCAGAGGCUGCAGAACAUCAUCAAGGAAUUUGUGAGGGUAUCUUCUGAGAAGACACACACAGAGAACAAGAUGGCAGCCAUCCCAUGCAUGGAACGGCAUCUUUGUCGGCAUCGUUCGUUCUUUCAUCUGUUGUGUUCAGGAGGCGCUGAGUGGGGUGUGGUUGGAUUUCCUCGAUAACACCGGGUCGGUCGUCCCCGCAUUCUGCACCAUCGACCGCAGCCUCACUGUAUGUAUGUCCCGUCCCCGCACUGCACACACAAGACGCAACACAACGCACCCUCCUGUGUGUCUUGUCUGUGUGCAGGUGUUGAGCAUCCAGGCGCAGCGUCAGGUGAAGCAGCUGGACAUCGUCGAUGUCCUCGACGUGCUCUGUGGGGACGACGGGGAUAUCGACCUCGGACAUGACGUCCCGGGACCGGUACGUGGCUGAUGGGUCGGUUGGUGCCAUAGCCAUAGCACGCCAUCUGUCUUGACUCCAUGAGUGUGUGUGUGUGUGUCUGUGUGUGUGUAGAUGUGCUGCACGCUGAUUCUGCGCAACGCCCCGCCGCUGUCUUUCCAGUUCUCGGACAUCCGGGUGAGUGAGUCGGGAUGGAUGGUGGGUGAGGGGAGGGGAGGGGAGUGGAGUGGGUGGUGCGGAUGUGAGACACCACCACGCAAGGCAAGGCAACGCAACGCAAGACAAGGCACCUACCUGUCUGCCUAGCUUGCCUCCGUCCCAGCUGUUUGUUUUGAUGCGAUCGAUGCGUGGAUAUGAAUGAUAUGUGCUGUGCUGUGACCAGGCUCGGGAGCAUUUUGGAACCUGCAUGAAGGUCCUGAGGUGAGGGCAGGGCAGGGCUGCCUUCGCCUGGCCUGUGCGUGGUUGUUAGUACUGAUUACUGAUUGAUAGACGCCCUGCCACGCCCUGUGCGUGUGUGUGUGUGAUUGAUAUGUCAGGUUGGCCCUCGAGACACCUGAGGAGUGACGAGUGAGUCCUUCGGGGGCGCCGGGGCGUGUUGUGUUGGCGUGCGUGAGUGUCUUGUAUUGUGGGUGAG